CCUCCUUCACGUUGUCGCCUCAGUCUUUAGAUGAAGAAACUCUCUGCACCAUUCCUCCAAGUAUCAACAACUGGACCAUCCACGGUCUGUGGCCUCUGAAGGCUCGGUGCUGCUGUAUGUGCUGGCCCAUGUUUGAAUCUGACGUCCAGGAGCUGGAUGCAGAGCUGAAGGAACACUGGCCGUCUUUACUGAGAACUCAACCCAGCUUCCACUUCUGGAGACAAGAGUGGGAGAAACACGGAGUGUGUGCAGCGUGUGUUGAAGGGAUGAACUCUCCACUCAGAUACUUCCAGAUCUGCCUCAAACUACGAGGACAGUUUGAUAUCCAAAGGUUGCUGGAGGACGCUGGUAUCAUUCCGUCCUGUGAACGACCAUAUAAGCUUGUGGAGGUUCAUCAGGUUCUGGCUCCACAUCUGGGAGACAAACAUGAGAUCCAGUGCAUUACAGACGAAAAGGACAGAGAGGUGUGGUUCCAGGUCAAGAUUCCUCUGUCUCACAACCUCACCGUCGGCUGUCACCACCACGACGACGGUAACCCGGCGCCCCCCCGUAACUCCUCCCACGGGCACCCCUGCCCCCCCCAGGUCCCGUUCUACUACUUCCCCAUCGACCACCAGGAUCCACAGCGGCCCUGUGGCUAACGGAAGCUAAUCGCUAAUCAAUGACUUUGAAUGUUUGGUAUCAAGAGUUAGUGAUUAAUACAGUUAAAUACGUGUAACACCAGUUUACCUGUAACAGCUCAAUAUUAAAAUAAAGACAUUUAAAGGAUUUAAA